AUGCUCCGCACCCUCGUUGCGCAGUUGCAACAACCCAAUGCGGCUAUCCAAUUCAAGCUAGCCCAAGUCCUGCCACAACAUUAUACUCUCUUCGACAUUGCCAACGGGUUGUCCGAAUGCCAGACCUUGCCGGAACGCCGUGUCAUCGAGGGGGUAUCUUUCUGCCUGAAGCAGACUGAUCGCAUUGAGAGGAGAUCUGUAGAUGCUGAAAAUGCUGCCAGAUUAGCCAACUAUGCCGCGAUGCUCCUCGAGCGAACCCCGGAUGGCCUGCCUCUAUGUUGUCCAUCAUCUGAAGAUGCUGCUCCCGUGGACGACGUCCUAGGCGUCCUUCUCAGCCUCGUCGUGCAUCACUCAUCAUGCCUUGACGAUGACAUAUUACUGGCUGUGGCCGCGUACGCAGACGGCCAUGAAGACUGGUCGGCGCCGACAACGGCCUCAAUAGCCAAAGACCUGUUGGAUCAUGCACUAGGCGACGGGCAUCGAAAAACCGCUUUCAUCACCUCAGUAGUUCUGGACAGAUUUAUCCGGCCAAUCUUUUCUCGUUACUCCUCCAGCCGUCUCACUUCAGCUGGCAGGCAAGCCUAUUAUCGUGACGAUGAUCACGAUCAGGUCACUGGAAGCGCUCUCUCUAGUGGCACAGACACGAAACCAUGGAAAAGUACCCAGUCACAUGCUGUCACUGUCUUCGCCUGGACUGUGGAGCAGUCAGAUUAA